AUGGGGUCUCAGGCAAGGUACAACAUGUUCAAGAUAUUCAAUCCCGAGGGAUGUGUGAAGCAGCUAGAUUUUAUCCGGCAAACGACAGAGCUUGGAGGUACGGCCGUUGGGUUGAAGAACAGGAGUGUUGGGGUCCUAAUAGCCCACAACGAAAGAAGAUCGAGGCUUGCAGACAUCCAAAAGAAGGUGUUUUCGAUCGAUAGAAAGUCCUUGUUUACAUUUUCUGGGAUCACCAAUGAUGGGCUACAGAUUGUGGACUACUUAAUUGACAAAAGCGUCAGAGAGGAGGUUAUUAAGGGAAGGGCCAUCCAUUUCCUGGAUGUGUUUGAGGACUUGUUAAGAGACGUGUUUGAGAGAACAAUACUCGACGGGAGGAGGCUCUAUGGAGUCUCGGGGCUUUACAUGACGGAGUAUGAUGGGAUAAGACUGGUUGAAUUCAAUCCAAAGGGGCAUGUUCGGGAGGUCAAGGGAAUGGGCAUAGGGUGCAGGGCGCAAUCUUCCAGAACCGUGCUGGAGGCAUACUGUGAGGAGUAUGAGAAGAUGGGUGUUGAGGAGCUUGUGAGGAUUGGAAUUAUGGCCCUGAAAAAUGCGCAUCCGGAAGACGAUGCUUUGACCGGUGAGAACGUCGAGAUAUGGAUUCUUGAGGCAGGAAAGGCAGUGUACAAUAUCGAUGCCAAAGUGUUUUUGAACUAA